AUGAUUGUCCAGCUUGGUGAAUUGGCUGGACAGCUUGGAGGAUUUGUUGGUGAGAGUGAGAGUGUUAAGAAAGCCGUUGUGAAGGCUAUUAUCGCUUGUUUCGACAAUAAUCCGCACCUAAAAAAUGACCUAAAAGAUGUUUACUCUUCUUAUGUUACUACCCUUUCUGAGUCUGUCAACUCUGCUGACCAGGCUGAUGGCACCGAUGAAAUUGUGAAGCUUAGUGAGCGAGUUACUCAGCAAAUUAAGCUUCUUGAACAACAACUUAAUAGCCCUAAAAACCUUUAUAAUAGUCUUCCUCCUUCCCCCUCUCCCUCUGCUGACUCAGCCAAAUUGCAGUCCAAGUUGGAGGCUUUGGAGAAAGUGAAGGAGCUUUGUGGAUUUUACGAGAAUCUUAAUAAUCAUCCAAAUGAGCCUAAAAAUCUCUUAGAUAAUUUAUGUUCCGGCCUCGAGACUUUCCUCGGCUUCAACUCUGCUUCCAAAGGCUACGAUGGCCAGGGGAUAGUGUACUCUAACCUGGACAGGCUGUGUGACGGGGUGAUGGGAUUUUUGAGUGGUUUUCUCAGUAACAUCCACAAGCAUUUAGGGCAGCAUAAAGGAGAAAUUACAGAAGCUAUUAAGUCACUUGAGCAAAAUAAACACGCCGGUAAAAACGGUUUUAAUGCUGCGAUUGCGGAGGUGGUUAAAGGGGUGCGGGGGUAUAAUAAGGCAGUGGAGCAGUCUAAUAAAAAGGUGAGUGAACCGAUGACUCUCAUACUUUCGCAGGUUGAUGAAGAGUUCAAGAGAAGUGUAGCUGACAUAUUCCCGGAAAAAACGCUCUCAGCCGCCAAGAACGCCGACGUUUUCAAUGCUGUAGACCAGAUUAACGAGAAGCUUAGACAUUGCCACCUGAGUGCUGAGAAAUUUAAUGGCACUUUUAAUUUUGAUAAACACAAUAAAACGAUAUUAAAUGCUGUCAAUGACCUAAAUCCUAAUUUAGUUAUUAGAGUUAAGAAUUCACUUAGCAAUGUUAAGCAUGAGAGCGAGCGGCUUAAGG